UUCUGCUCAGAAGAUUCGCACUUUGGCGAGAUAUAUUUUGACUCUCAAUUAUACUUCCUCCAUCCGGGAAAAGUUGUCCUCGUGAUGUUUUUGAAGAAAACCCCUCCCGAAACUCCCGACACAACUUGCCGCUCCGACACAGGCGCAUGGCCGUCGGAGCUCCCCUGUUCAGCUUCGCCACGCUGCUCCCCUGCUCUCCCAUGCGUCCUCCUCCGCCGCCGCAGCUUCCUCCUUCGCCGCUCCCUCCUACCUUGGGCAGCCCCCUUGCCUACCUCCUGAAUCUCCCCUCUUUCACCACAAAAAUCGGCUCUUCUCCUCCCACCGUGUCUCCUGCUCGAGCGCGGGGACGACACAUCCUCCUCGUCGCCCUUGCCGCCGGAGGAGGCACGGGGUAUGCAGCAGUGGCUCGUGCUGUGCCUGCGCGACCUCGGGUGCGAGUGGGCCGCCGCGUCGCGGGCCUACGCGCCGGUCGCCGCCUUGGCCGUGCGCCCGUCCGCGGAGGAGGAGGAGGAGGGGGAUUCCGUUCGCCGGCAAGGCUUCUUCAAUGGACUGCGUCUUGAAGACGUUGAUCCACAGGAAGAAAGCCAACAGGAUGCCUUGCAAAUCGAUUUCGAACAGGAAAUUGGAGCACCACGAGCAAGCAGGCAGAGGAGCAGAUUUACAGAGGGGUGCUUCUUCUCACUGGCAGCAGCACGAGCAGGGGAGCUACGGGCGGAGGAGCAACAACUUGCACAGGAGCAGGCCCGCUGGGAGCUUGAGGACGAGCUUGAGGUCGAGGCCCGCCGGGAGCUCCAGCUCCAGCCGCUCGAGACGCAGGCGCGCGCAGGUCCUGGGCGGCGGGAAGGGAUAGCGGCGGCGCAGGCCCUAGGCAGCGGGAGGGCAUAGCGGCGGCGCAACCCUGGGCUGGCGGGAGGG